AUGAAGUUGGACGUUAAGAAACAAUUCAGCUCAAGAACUGAUAGAGUCAAGGGUAUUGACUUCCAUCCUACUGAACCUUGGGUGUUGACCACUCUUUAUUCAGGUCGUGUUGAAAUAUGGUCAUAUGAAACUGGUAUAAAAUCAAUUGAUGUUGCUGAUGUCCCAGUACGUUCUGGUCGUUUCAUUGCUCGUAAAAACUGGAUUGUUGUCGGAUCAGAUGAUUUCCAAGUUAGAGUUUAUAAUUAUAAUACUAGUGAAAAAAUUGCUCAAUUUGAAGCUCAUCCAGAUUAUAUUCGUUCAAUUGCAGUACAUCCAACAAGACCAUUUGUUUUAACUUCUUCUGAUGAUGCUACUAUAAAAUUAUGGAAUUGGGAUAAUUCUUGGAAAUUAGAACAAACUUUUGAAGGUCAUCAACAUUAUGUUAUGUCUUUAGCUUUUAAUCCAAAAGAUCCAAAUACAUUUGCAUCUGCAUGUCUUGAUCAUACUGUUAAGAUUUGGAGCUUAGGUAAUAGUCAACCAAAUUUCACUUUAGUUGCACAUGAACAAAAAGGUGUUAAUUAUGUUAGUUAUUAUCCACAAUCUGAUAAACCUUAUUUAUUAACUGCUUCAGAUGAUAGAACUAUUAAAGUUUGGGAUUAUCAAACAAAAUCUGCUGUUGCUACAUUAGAAGGUCAUUCUUCAAAUGUCUCAUUUGCAAUUUAUCAUCAAGAAUUACCUUUAAUCAUUUCAGGUUCUGAAGAUGCAACUAUCAAAAUUUGGAAUGCAAACACUUAUAAAUUAGAAAAAACUUUAAACUAUGGUUUAGAAAGAGCUUGGUGUAUAUCAUCUCAUAAAAAUUCAAAUUCAGUUGCUAUUGGUUAUGAUGCAGGUUUUGGAGUUUUAGCUUUUGGUAAUGAUGAACCAAGAAUUUCAAUGGAUCCAGUUGGUAAAUUAAUUUGGUCUAAAAAUAAUGAAGUUUAUAGUUCAGUUAUUAAAGGUAAUGAACAAGUUGAAGAUGGUGAAACUUUACCAUUAUCAUCAAAAGAUCUUGGAUCUGUGGAAAUCUUCCCAUCAUCUUUAAAACAUUCACCAAAUGGUCGUUUUGUUACUGUUACCGGUGAUGGUGAAUUUAUAAUCUAUACUGCAUUAGCUUGGAGAAAUAAAGAAUAUGGUUCAGCAUUAGAUUUUGUAUGGGCUCAAGAUCCAAAUAUUUAUGCUAUAAGAGAUUCAUCAAAUGAAAUUACAAUUUGGAAAAAUUUUAAAGUUAAAUCAAAUGGACCAAUUGAUUUCCCUUAUGAAGUGGAAAAAUUAUAUGGUGGUUCUUUAUUAGGUAUUAAAUCUGAUGGAUUUGUUGCCUUUUAUGAUUGGGAAUCACAAGAAUUAGUUAGAAGAAUUGAUGUUGAUGCUACAGAUAUUGUUUGGUCAGAAUCUGGUGAAUUAGUUUUAAUUAUUUCUAAUGAAGCUUCAUUUGCCUUAAGAUUUGAUAGAGAUGUUUUCGUUGAAGCUUUAGAACAAGGUUCAAUUGAUCCAGAAGAUGGUGUUGAAGAUUCAUUUGAAGUUUUAUAUGAUGUUAAUGAAACUAUUACAUCAGGUAAAUGGGUUGGUGAUGUUUUCAUUUUCACUACAUCAACAAAUAGAUUAAAUUAUUUAGUUGGUGGUAAAACUUAUAAUAUUGCACAUUUUGAUAAAAAUGCAUAUCUAUUGGGUUAUUUAGCUCGUGAUAAUAAAGUUUAUGUUACUGAUAAAGAUAUAAAUAUUACAAGCUAUCAUUUAUCAUUACCAGUUUUAGAAUAUCAAACCUUGGUAUUAAGAGGUGAAUUAGAACAAGCAAAUCAAGAUUUAUUACCAAAUAUUGAAUCAACAGAUUUAUUGAAAAUUUCAAGAUUUUUAGAAGCUCAAGAAUAUUUAGAAGAAGCUUUAGAAAUUUCACCAGAUUCUGAACAAAAAUUUGAAAUUGCAAUUAAAAUUAAAGAUUUUGAAACUGCAAAAUCUAUUGCAAACUCUGAAAAUACAGAACAUAAAUGGAAAUCAUUAGGUGAUUUAGCAUUAAAUUCUUUCAAAUAUAAAUUAGCUAUUGAAUCAUUUGAAAAAGCUAAUGAUAUUGAAAGUUUAUUAUUAUUAUAUACUUCAUUUAAUAAUAAAACUAAAUUAUUAGAAUUAGCAGAAGAAGCUCAAAAAAGAGGUAAAUAUAAUGUUGCAUUUAACGCAUAUUGGACAACAGGAAAUAUUGAAAAAGCAAUUGAAUUAUUAAAUAUAAAUAAUAAAUUUACAGAAGCUUCAUUCUUUGGAUUAACUUAUGGUGGUAAUAUUGAAAAAUCUGUUGAAAAUUGGAAAAAUCAAUUGGAAAAAUUAGGUAAAGGAUUUAUUGCUGAAAGAAUAACAGUUCCAAAUCAAAUACAACAAGAACCAGAAUCUAAACAACAAGAUUUAGUUGAUUUAAAUGAUGAAAAACCAGAAGAAUCAGUUGAACAAGAACAAGAACAAACUCAAGAAGCUGAACCUGUUGAACAAGUUGAAGCUGAAGUUGAAGCUGAAGAUGAAUCAUUUCAAGAUGCUGAAUCUGAAUGA